AUGGAGACAGACAGAUCCCUGGCAAUUUCUGGCCAAACAGUCAAGCCAAAUCAGCCAAUUCCAGAAAACAUAAAAGAUGUUGUCUCUAAAACACAAGAUCUGCAGCUGGUGAGACUGGCUGACGGGAGAAGCCAGUGUGAGGGCCGUGUAGAAGUCUACUUCAAUGGGACCUGGGGGACUGUGUGUGAUGACCUUUGGGGCAUACAGGCUGCCCAAGUGGUAUGUCAACAACUGGGCUGUGGGGUAGCCCUGGCAGCCCCCAGGAGCAGUCUGUUUGGCGAUGGCUCUGGCCCCAUCUUCCUAGACGACGUGAGAUGCUUGGGCACAGAGACCAACUUGGGGCACUGCCACCACCUCGGCCUUUCUGUGCACAACUGUGAGCACCAUGAGGAUGCGGGCGCCAUCUGUUCAGUUGUUGGUGUUGCCUCAGCUUCAGCAGGAGUGGCUCCCACAGCUGAUCAGCUCACGAUCAGGUUGGUGGAUGGAAAGAACCAGUGUGAAGGGCGAGUGGAAAUCCACCACAAUGGCACAUGGGGCACUGUUUGUGACGAUCUCUGGGACCUCGAGGAUGCCCAUGUGGUAUGCCGGCAGCUGAACUGUGGGAAGGGUGUCAGUGCCCUUGGGAGUGGCCACUUCGGAGAGGGCGUAGGGAGCAUCUUCCUGGACGAUGUAAAGUGCCAGGGCAGUGAGAUGUCACUAGCCCAGUGCCACCACCCAGGCUUGUCUGUCCACAACUGUGGCCACCAUGAAGAUGCCAGUGUCAUCUGCUCAGCGUCAGCCGCAGAAAGGCCAACUUCGCCCGCUCCUACCUCAAACCCAGCCAUAGUUUCGGUCAUUACAACUGGCAUCACCCGAACUCCGGUAGAAGUAACUCCUUUACCUGAUAAAGACCUCUGCCCACCACACUGCACAGAUGUGUCUCUAACCUCCACAAAAGCGGAGACCUCCUCUGGCAUAUCUUCAACCUCAACAGAAUCAAGCCCUCCAAAUGAUGCAUCUUCAGUCUCAGGAGAAGAGGAGACGUCCUCUGAUUCAUCUUCAGCCUCGAAAGAAGAGGAAACAUCUUCAGGUGUCUCUUCAUCAGCGGAAGUGACUUCCUCUGACAUUUCCUCACCCUCAGCAGACACAAGUUCUUCAAAUGAUAUGUCUUCAACCUCAGCAGACGGGAAGAGUGGAGAACCAAUUGAUGCAUCUUCAGGCUCUUCAGAAGAUACUUCCUCUGAUGCAUCUUCAACCUCUUCAGGAGAAGAGACCUCCUCAGGUCCACAGGCCCUUUUUUCUUCAUCUUCAAAUUUAAGUUUCCAUGGUGGGAGUGAAGAUGGAAGAGGUGUCCUCAACUGUGUCAUGCGGGCUGUGGGAGGAGUUGACCAACAGCGUAGGGCCUGCAUUGACCCUGUGCUAAUGAAUAUUUCUUCGACCUCAGCAAAACUGGCCUCUCCAAGUGAUCUGCCUCUGCGCCUGGUAGGCGGGCGCAACCGCUGUGAGGGCCGGCUGGAGGUGCGGCAUGAGGGGGAGUGGGGAACCGUAUGUGAUGACCGCUGGAACAUCAAGAAUGCCCGGGUUGUGUGCCGCCUCCUGGGCUGCGGUCCAGCGCUAGGCGCCCCGGGUAGAAGCCACUUUGGGCCUGGUACAGGCCCCAUCCUGAUGAAUGAAGUACGCUGCUCUGGCAGGGAGGACUCUCUGGAGAGCUGUACCCACGCUGGCUGGACAAGGCACAACUGCCACCACCGCGAGGAUGCUAGUGUGAUCUGCGCAGGUCCAGGAGACUCUCUUGUACCCAAGGAUAAUGCCCAGCUAUCUUGCUUGCCUCACCUCUUCCAAGCUGUCAUUGACCGAGGCUAUCUCCGGAGACUAGGCUACUCCUCCUGGGACAUCCACUUAAAUGAUAAGAUGUGUCGCCCCCAAGUCACUGGGCGUUACCUCAUUUUCAAUAUUCCAUAUGGCCACUGUGGCACCGUCAGGCAGGAGCACCAAGGCUCUCUCAGCUACUCCAACUCCAUCCGAGGCAGAACACAAAGCCACCCUGGCCGAGUCAUUGUGAGGCACAAGGUACCCGAGGUGAAGUUCACUUGCAAAGUGAAUGGCCAGUCUGCAGUUGAAAUUGUGCAUGGGAGUGACGCCAAGAAGGACGAUGUCAGCUAUGAUGUAUCGAUUUCAUUCCUCCAGUCACCUGUAUCUCAGAAUACAGGGGGUAGAGCUCCUUAUGCUAGUCAGAGUGAAGAAGUCUUCCUCCAGGCCACCCUCCACAGCCACAACCCCAAUCUGAGGCUCAUCGUGGACACCUGUGUGGCUUCUCCUGAUGCCAGUGAUUUCACAACUGUCAAGUAUGAUUUGAUCCAGGAAGGCUGCAUCAAAGACAGUUCCUACUCCAACCUCCAUGCUCCUGAGAAGAACGUGGCCCAGUUCAAGUUCAAUGCCUUCAGCUUCCUCAAAAGCUACGACGUAGUCUACCUGCAGUGUAAAGUUGCUGUUUGCCGACUCGGGGACCACUCUCCCCGAUGCUCACAAGGCUGUCCCAGUCGGGAAAGGAGAGGCACAAUCUCUGCGGAGGUCAAAGUAGAAGAAACUGAAUAUUUCCAAACAGUGGGACCACUGAAGAUCCGCAGAGAAGUCAAUCAGAGCAAGGCCAUGGGGUAA